AUGAAGCUGAAAGCGUCUCUGCUGCUCAGGCUUCAGACUCUCAGUUAUCACUCAGACAUGAAGACUGCGUCCGUCUGUCUGCUCCGGGGCGUGUGUGUGCUGCUGCUGUCUGCACUGACUGUUUCUGCAGUCUAUCUGUCUGCCAGUCCAAACUUUCAGCAGUUCUUCAGUGGACCCACAUCUGUGUCUUUGGGCUGCGUUGAUGAUGACGAUGGACAGGAAGUUGACGGAUGGACGGUGAGGAGGACCAGAGGAGGACUCACUGAGGACUGUGGAGCAGCUGAAGACUUUGUGAUGAUUGACAGUUUGUGUCUUCUGGAUCGUAACUCGUCCUACAGUGGAAACUUCUGGUGUGAAAGCUUAUCUGGAGAGAAAAGUGAUGAAGUUACCAUCAGCGUGUCCAGUACAGAAAAAAAAGGUGUGAUCUUGGAGAUCCCUGUACUUCCUGUGAGACCAGGAACUGGUGUCAUUCUACAAUGCAAGAAGAAGAACGGUGACACAGUUCCAUCUUAUUUCUUCAUGAAUGGACGCCUCGUUGGACCUGGAUCUACAUCGGAGUACAACAUCAGAAGAGCCCAGUACUCUGAUGAAGGUCUCUACUGGUGUGCUACUGAUACGUUUGGAGAAUCUCCUCAGAGCUUUCUGAGGGUCAGAGGGUCUCCUAUAACGUCUCUUAAAACAUCCGUCUCUUCUGAGACCAAUUCUUCCCUUUCCACUUUGCUUCUUCCAAACAAUUCUUCCUCCCCUCCUCCUCCUCCUCUUCCUUCUUCUCCCUCUGUGUCUUGGAUCAGAGUCAUCUGCCACCUGUUGGCCUUCUGCCCGUACUGCAUCUGCACCAUCCUGCUCCUGUCCAUCUGCUGCAGCAGGAGCUCAGGUAACAAACAUGCUGUCUCCAUGGAGACGCCCCUGCGUGACGCGGAGUAUGAUGACAUUGUUGCUGAUGUCACCACUGAGCAUGUCUUCUAAGCUGAUAGAUCCUCUGAGGAAUCUGAAAGUGUCCAAAGCUGUAAACUCUGUUCACUGAUCAAUCAAUAAGCUGUCAAAUUGAUU